AGCACGCAUGCGCAGUCUCGCUGGCCGUAUCGGCGGUACGGCGAGCGAAGAAGGUUGAGGACUACAUUUCCCAUCGUCCCUUCAGGCGCCCCCCCCCAGCCAUGGACAUGGAGGUGGAUGUAGGCUCUGUGAUCUCGGGCCUGUCCGGCGGGGAUGGGGCGGGCCUGGGGCCCGGCGAGGAGGAGCUGGAGGUCGGGGGCGCCCCUGGCUGCUCUGGGGCCGGCUCCCUCCAGUUCGAUUUUGAGAGGAGCCGCUCUGAAUCCAGCGGGGAGGAGGAGGAGCUGGAGGAAGAGGAGCUGGAGGGCGGCCCCGGGGCCCGCUUUGGAGCCUGCCAAGAGGCGGAGGGGGAGCUGGACUCGGACGCUGAGCGUGAGCGCAUGAUAAACCUGUCUGAGUUGACGCCUUACAUCUUGUGUUCCAUCUGCAAAGGUUAUUUUAUAGAUGCCACGACCAUUACAGAGUGUCUUCAUACAUUCUGUAAAAGCUGCAUAGUAAGACAUUUUUACUACAGUAACAGAUGUCCAAAAUGCAACAUUGUUGUACAUCAGACGCAACCUCUUUAUAAUAUCAGGUUGGAUCGACAGUUACAAGACAUAGUGUAUAAAUUGGUUGUCAGUCUGGAGGAGAGAGAGAAAAAGCAGAUGCAUGAUUUCUAUAAAGAAAGAGGUCUAGAAGUACCCAAACCUGCUGUCCCACAGCCAGUCCCUGUGAGCAGAGGAAGACCUCGGAAAGUCUUGGGAUCAGUGUUUCGAAUCCCACCAGAACUUGACGUCUCACUGCUUUUGGAGUUCAUUGGAGCUAAUGAAGGCGCAGGGAAUUUUAAGCCAUUGGAAAAGAAGUUUGUACGAGUUUCAGGAGAAGCAACCAUCGGCCACGUGGAAAAAUUCCUGCGAAGAAAAAUGGAUCUUGACCCGGCUUGUCAGGUGGACAUAAUAUGUGGUGAUCACCUUCUAGAACACUACCAGACGCUGAGGGAAAUCCGCCGAGCUAUAGGAGACGGUGCUAUGCAGGAUGGUUUGCUUGUACUGCACUAUGGCCUUGUGGUAUCUCCGCUAACAAUAACUUAAAGAUUGCUAGAAUAUCUGAAGGUGAAAGGAUCCAAAACAUGAAGCUUCUUCAGUGCUGUUAUCUCACCAAAGAAGGCCAUCCUCCUUGCUUCCUGUCACAGGAAAUAAAUGAAUGAAACCACCACUAACUGCUGUACACUUAUAACGUAGCAUUUGACUUUGCUGGUGUAAAAAAUGCAGCCUCUGUAAGUACAGUUAUAAACACUGCAAAGCUCUGUAUUACAAAUGACGCUACUUAAACUGUAGCUAGCUCAGGGAAAGCAGAAUACUCAGAGUUUCUGAUUUUUAUUUUUAAAUACUUCUUAAAUCCACAGGAUCUCACAGGGUUAAUUUGCUUUCUCCUCCACUAAUCUUAAUCUUGGGCAGGUCCCUAAUUUAUCUUCAUAAAACCUUAUGUACUUCUGAAGUCUGUGGCUGGAAUGGUGCUCUCAGGGAUGAUCUUCAGUGGGUGAUGUCCCUUUUUUGGGGAAGGGGAUACAAUCAUUUACCUGAAAAGAAUGUCAACAGCAGCUGACUUGAUUUAGAAAUAGUGGGCAGGGGGAGAUUUUCCAGCUUGUCUGUAGGCCAAAAUGAGUAAUCAACUUCACAUGGGUUAAGUAUUGACUUUCCUAGUCCUACUGGAAACAGCAUUAAGACAUCGUUUCUCUUCAAGGAAACAAAUUUCAUCUACACUAGGUCCAGAACUGGUAGUAGCUAGACUCAUGUUAACUACUGUGUAACCAUAUAGCUCAUGAUAUGGCUCUCAGCCUGGAUGGACCAACAGAUUAUUCUGUGCACAGAGAACAUCAGUGUAUGACCUUCCCUCCAUCUGUGAUAUAUGUGAAAUAAUUAGACCGUCAGCCUGCUCCCAUUGAAGUCAAUCAGCUGAUUUGCCUGGAAGCAGAAUCAAGCCUUUCAUUUUUAACACCUUUCCUUACAAUCUCAGCAAAAAUGGAGACUCUCAUAUUCUCUUCAAAGUACCGUAUUGUAAUGACCUUUGAAUGCGUUAAGGGGGAGACCAUGUUUGAGGCUGCUACUGGGUGCAGGGCAAUGGAAUGAACAUCUGUUACUACUACUGUUUCUACAGCUGCACAAAGACUAUUAGAUAGUUUUUAAUUUUAACAUAACUGUAGUUCAUGAUCACUUAACAUUUCAAUAUUCUGUUCUGUUUGUUAUGAGACUUUAAUGAUUUCUUUCAUAGAUACAAAAAUCAGAGGUGCGCAUGAGUAGACUUUCAUUGCAUUCUAGACUUAAAGGCCAGAUUUCAAGGUAGCUGGGUUCCUAACUCCCAUUGAUUUUAAUAGGAGUUAGGUGUCUGUCUACCCUUUAAAAAUCUGGCCCUUAAUUCUUUAAAACCAAUGUUUGUUUUGCCUGUGAAGAUGACACUUUAAGAAAAAUCUUGUUUACCUAAAGUCACUUCUUGCGAUGUUUCUAAAAAUGUAACAAAAAAAAUGUGUAGCCAAGAUUUCUGACUUAUUUUCAAGGUUUGUAUAAAAAUAGUGCUGAAAAUGGAGCAGAAAAAGGGAUUAUUUUGUAAACACUUUGUGCAUUGUGUUGAUAAGAGAGUAUAUCUUGUAAGAGUUAAAGUUUUAUUUUAGCCUA